UUGGUUUGUUGCUGAGUCGUUUUUUCAGUCCUUUUCCGUAAUUAUUCCUAAUUUUAGGUUUAUUUUAAAACAUUAUGUGGAAAGUACAAACUAUAUAAUUCAUGUAUCAAUAAUGAUUUGGUGUAAAUUAUUCAAAAACUUGUCCUAAGACGUCUUUGCUGAUUGUUUACAAAUGCAUAACCUUACACGACUGUUUUAACAUGUCGCCUUAGAUUAAUUUAAUUUAUUAAUCUAAGCAUGUCGCUAUCAUGAAUAACUUACCGAAAACAAAUAAAUCCAAUUGUGAUUUUGAGGACGAUGAAGUGUUCGACGACUCUUCAUUUCUGGCGAAGUUUGACAGUACUUCGGUCAAAGAAUCCAGGUUUUCCGAGAUAAAUGACUCUCACAACAAAAGUGACCUCAACGUCAGUGCCUUAUGCUGUGACGAAGAAAUCAGUGGCUAUGACAAACUGACAGGGAAGACAUGGAUCUAUCCAACAAACUACCCAGUGCGGGACUAUCAAUUCAACAUUAUCAAGGCUUCCCUAUUAAAAAACACAUUAGUCAGCCUACCAACAGGGCUGGGCAAAACCUUCAUAGCUGCUGUGAUAAUGUACAACUUCUACCGCUGGUACCCUCUCGGCAAGAUUGUGUUCACAGCGCCCACCAGGCCUCUAGUGGCUCAACAGAUAGAAGCUUGCUAUCAUAUUAUUGCCAUCCCACCAAAUGACACAAUUGAAAUGACAGGUCAUAUGCAUGUCAACACCAGAAAACAGCACUGGCAAAACAAAAGAGUGUUCUUUGCAACACCCCAAGUGAUUUACAAUGACAUAAAGUCAGGGAUAUGCCCAGGGGAGAAGAUCAGAUGUCUUGUCAUCGAUGAGGCUCACAGGGCCAGAGGCAACUAUGCCUACUGCCAGAUAAUGUCAACCCUGACUGAAAUGGGACACAAGACUUACAGGAUACUGGCUCUGUCCGCUACACCUGGGAGUAAAGUUGAUGAUGUCAUCAGUGUAGUGAAAAGCCUGCACAUAUCUCACUUAGAGCUGAGAGCAGAGAACUGCAUCGACGUGGCGCCCUACAGCCACUCGCGGAAAAUCAACACCGUUAUCGUCCCACUGGGGCCUGAACUCACACAGUUGAGGCAGCAAUAUGUGGAGAUAUUGGACAGUUACGCGCGUCGCCUGAAACAAUUCAACAUACUCCCGCAAAACUUAGGCAACCUGUCAAAAGGACGAAUCGUGAUGCUCUACAAGGAAUUUCAAACAAAAGAUAGGAGUGCCAGACACCCCCAACACAGCUACAUAAUGAAAGACUUCACGAUCCUCAUCGCCUUGUACCACGGGCUGGAGUUAUUAGUCAAGCACGGCUCGCGGGUGUUUCUCAACUUCUUUGACGAGCACCCGGAGAAAUCCUGGAUCCAGGCGGACGACCGAUUGACGGUGCUGUUGGAGAGACUCCGGGAUGAUUUGGGAAUCAACCCACUGGCACUGGAUAGGAGCAUACUGCCUGAUGGGACUAUUCCUGACAUGCCAAAAGAUUUGUGUUUCGGACAUCCAAAAUUUUAUAGACUGAAAGAAAUAAUGAUGGAGCACUUCACAAGAGCUAAGAAGAAUGGACAAGAUACGAGGGCAAUAGUGUUUUGUGAAUACCGCGAAAGUGUGAACUUAGUGCACUGCUUACUGCUACAGUGCAGACCGCUGAUCACGCCGCAGAUGUUCGUCGGGCAAGGGGCUUCAGGCAAAGACGGCAAAGCGGUGGUGUCCCAAAAGCAACAGCUUCGCGUAAUGCGCGCCUUCCGCGAGGGCGCCUGCAAUGCACUCGUGGCCACCUGCGUCGCUGAAGAGGGACUGGAUGUGGGCUCGGUUGACCUUAUACUGUGCUUCGACAUCUCCUCGCGGUCGCCCGUACGACUGGUGCAAAGAUGCGGCCGAACGGGUCGAGAGCGAGGCGGUCAGGUUCACAUACUUGUCACAGAGGGCAGGGAGCACCAGACGUUAUUAGAUUGCAUGCGCCAACGGGACGGGUUGAACCAAAAGAUAUUACAAUCGAAAGAAGUAGAGAACAACCUAUACAAACAGAACCCGAGAAUGGUGCCGCGCGACUUUACGCCGCAGUGCCAAAAGAUGUUCAUCGCUAUCGCUAAGAAAGACGACCCCAAGAGCAAAGACAAAGAAGCUGAUAAGGCUAAAAAGGGCCAAAAGGAUUUAAGAACUAUGCUGCUGGCUAAGCCUUCUACUAGCGAUUCGCGCACACCCAGUAAAGACACGACACCUCUGGAGUUGAUCACGGAAAAUGAGUUCCAGGAAAUGUUUACCGAUGGUUUUGCACUAAAGGAUACAGAAAAAGCGCCCCAAGAGUUAUGGGCUAUGAGCAAAGAAAGAAUCAAAUCACUCAGCAUGGAAAGUCAACAGACGCUUUCAAAGUGGUCUACAUGGCUGGAAUGGCAGCGAACUUUACAGAAAACUGUCAACAUCGGCCAUUCGAAGGAUAGCGAAAUACUUGCGUCGCUUCUGCAGUAUAGUGACGCUAAACGGUUCGAAAUGCCUGCCUCUACGCAAAAUCCAACUUUCAAUACCCAAGACAUCGCAACACAAAAUAUUAUGCCCUCACCAGUAAAAGCGAAACCGAAACAGAAGAAAAAAAUAGUUGCAACUAAAUCACCGAUGAAAAAGAUCAACAAAUCACCUGCAAAAAAGGACGGAGACAUAAGAGCGCUUUUCAGUACUAACACAAAAUCUACGACAAGUUAUACAAAACUAAUCAAUGAUUUAGGUGUACCUAACGAUGGUAGUAUACCUACGCGACUGAUCAAUUUGUUAGUGGAUUUGAAUCUAGAAAAUUCUAAUACAGAAAAGGAAUGUUACAUUUGCCAAAACAUAUGCGAUUGUAACUUGAUGUUGAAUUUACGAAAACACAGAAAGAAGCCAAACUUUCCAUUAAAAUUUAUUACCGAUCCCCAACUACCUGACCUUGAUUUAAUCGAUGAAUUUGACGUGGAAACUGUGCUAAAAUGCGCCAAAAAUGACACGAUUAUGAACCUUGAUGAAGACAUGGAUCUACCACCUAUUUCUUUAAGAAAUAACAUUGAUUUGAAUGAAACUAAUAUUGGAACUUUACACAAUCAAAGUAUAAAAUCUAACGACAAACACAAUAGCAGCAAUAAUUUCGAUCUGGAAUUUGAUUUCGGAUCACCGAAUUCUGUAUGUAUUAUAGAAAAAACACCCGAAAAAAUCAAGGAUGUAGCAGAGAACAAUAAUAACAAUUUUGAUUUGGAGUUCGAUUUUGAUUCUUUAGAUAACUUUAACACGCCUGUAACCCAAGAGCAACCAGAAAAAGUCAAACUGGACACUGUGGAGAUCAAACCGGAGAAAAUUGUAGUAAAGGAAGAUUUAGAUAAGAACUUUGAAAUCGGAGAUAUUGAAGAUAUAUUUGCAGAAAGUAGUCCCGAAGAGGUAGCACCACAACCUAGUCAAGUUAAAGAAGAAGAAAAAUGUGAACAGCCAAAAGAAGCCUUGGGAUUCUUUGGGCUGGAUAGUAUCGAUGAUAUAUUUGCAGAUUAUGACGAUAGUAUUGAAGUUAAGCCGGAUGGGGACAGCAAAGCGACUACUAACGAUAAAAGCCAAGUAAUAAAACUUGAAGAUGAAAAGCCUAAUCUUUUUGACGUUAACCGUAAUGGUGUGAAGUCUGAUUCAAAUGUAGUGAAGCCAUAUGAAAGCAAACAUGAGGUCGAGCCUCCUCGCACCUCCGAAUAUCCUGUCAGUCCCUCAAUUUUGUCGGGCAGGCAGAGAAAUAAUAUUCCCUCCUCGCCAAUACUUUGCACGCAAAAACGAAGAUUUCAGCUAAGUACAAGAAAAGGCAUGAGCUCAACACCCGCUAGCAAUGCUAGAAGGCAAUUAAUUAAAAGCCCAGGAGAUGUCAGUACCGUAGUUAACGAAUCGAAGACUAACGUUUUACAAGAAAGCAACGAUAAAAGCAUGUUCACAAUAACUCAACUCAUUCAAAUGAUCAAUAACCCAGAUGACAAAUCUAAAUGCAAUCAAUCAUCUUUUAUGAAAACCAAUAACGAUGUCAACAUAAGAAAUGAUGAGGAGAGGAGCACAUCACCGAUACUUCUAACUCAAGCUGAUAGAAAAAAAGCAAAUAAUGCAACCGAUACUAAAAUAACAACUACUCAAACGAAUAAAAGCGUGAGUCUCAUUGUAUUGGACAGCGACAGUGAUUCAUGUAAUGAAACACAGGAAUACGAGUUGGACGAAGAAAUAAAAAUUGGUGCAUCGACCAAAAAUGAGACAACAACUGCAAGUCCUGUCAAUUCCAAAAGAAAAUUGGACGUUGAAGAUGAUUUUAUAUCGGCAUCGCCGUAUUUUAAUAAGAAGCCAAAAUUGGACAACAAUAAAUCGAAACCACUCACUUUGCAGGAAAAGGUUUUAGCUGCGUUGAAAUCCAAUAAAACUGACAUACCAAAUAAUUCCAAUGAUCGUAUAGUUAAUUUCAGCUUUUCUCCCCGAAAAGCAUUUUCCCAAAAGGAAAAUAAAGAUCCCCAAGUUCUGAAUGGAUCACAGUGUGGCAGUGACGAUGAGAAGGAGUACGUUCGGAAAAGCAAUUUAGAAAUGUUACAAAUAUUCAGACGAGACAGUAAAAUCCAGAGCCCCAAAGAUAAAUUCAAUCUUAUAACUUUGAACACAAAUGGUGUGACUAAAUCUCAAAAAAGGAAACUUACAUUUGAUGAUAGCGAUGACGACUUCGUUGAUGCUGACAAAAGUAGUCGAAAUCAAAAACCGGUUAACGGAGUUGAUAGUAAAUCCUCAGCCAACUACAAAAAACGGAAGAAAAAGAAGCAAAAACAAAGCAGUUUUCUUGAUCUGGAAGCGGAGCUGUCAGACUCCGCUAGCGGAGACGAGCUGUCCGACUCGAGCGCAGGCAGCAUCGUGGACUUCAUCUGCGACGACAAUGACGUCACGCACCAUGUCGACAUGCAGGCGCAUUACAUGCGAUCUGUCAAAAGUCCAGUAAAAGGUGUAUUCAAAAUUCCCGAGCUACCAAAGAAAUAUAAUAACAUGGAAGUGUUUUCGCAGUAUGUAGAAGAAGAUAAUUAUGAAAUGGAUAGUUUUUGUGUUGAUUCACACAUCGGUUUGACGCAAGUAAAUGAUGAAAUAUCAGAACUGGAGUUAGCUGAAAUAGUUUUAGAAGAGAAGAGGCGAAAAAAGAAACCUAAAUCGCAAAAUAACGAAGACAAUGGAGACAGCCCUAUAGUGAGGAGGAAAAAUAAAAACGCGAGGCAAAUACAGAGUGAUUCUGACGACAGUAGUUAGUAAAGAAAUGACUAUCUAAGUCCAGCUGGUUUGGACUGCCAAUUUUAUUAAUGCUGUGAUAAUAAAUUAUAGUGUAAUUUUAAAUACGUUAAUAUUAUGUGCCUAAAAUAUUCUCAGUUACUAUUUUGUGAAUUCAUUUUAUUUAUUGUUCAAUUUAUUUACUGCAUCCUCAUGUAAAUAUAAAUGUAACUUUAAGUUUUAAUU